AUGCGGUUUUUUGUAUUCAGCGUUUUGUGCACCCUGCUGCUCCUGGGCACUCUGACCUCGGCCUGGUCAUGGGACAACGUGGCGGUUGCUAGAGAUUCUCUCAACAAGCGCGCAGACCAAACUACCGAAACCUCUGCGACCGAAACAACCUCCUCCACCACUGCCUCCGACACCACCUCCGCGACCAAGACCGGAAAGGACGAGAAGACAACCGACUCCGGCACCACUGACACCAAUACCGACACCACAACCGAUAGCAAGAGCAAUACCAAGACCAAGAGCAAGUCCGACAAGACAACCGCGACUACAUCCAUCUCGAUCAACCCUGCCGCCGGUGCCGGUGGCAUCUCGAUGAUCACCCCGGGCAGUACCUCCACAACCUAUUUCCGCAUCGGUGAGAAUGCGACCUUCGUCUGGAACUACACUUCACUGUCCGUGACGCCCUCGCACGUGAACGUCGUCGCCUCUUGCAGUCUGAACAGUGCCACCUACACUCUCACCCACAACAUGACUGUCAAGGAAACAGGAAAGGUCGUGUGGGAUACCAACGCAACCCAGACCGUCCCACUUCUUUCCGCGACCUAUACCCUGUUCGUUGUCGACUCCGAGAAGGAUCUCGAUGACACUGCCAGUGCAGGCCACCUGAGCUCCAACAUCGGGUACAGCUUUGGCAUGUACUUGUCUCAACCUUACACUCCACUAAAUCAAUUCAAAUGCGCGACAUGCAGUGGAGCGUUGUCAGAUGUUCAACGUCAGGGUCUCAAGUUCGCCGUCGGUAUGGCUGCCAUAACGGUUGUCUCAUUUACCUGGUUUGUCGGCGGGUUGGGACUCUUCAAUUAA